UCGCCUAUACCGCAUACCACCCGCUCACUCUUCUCGCCAAUUCUCUCCUCUCACCCAGACGUUCAGAAAUUUGCUGAACAGAUCGCUUCCUUGGGGUUGCCACUUCGCUUUCCUCGGGAUAAUUGUUGAGCAUAUAUUGAUACCCACGGUCCAUGAAACCUUCUCAUCGUUCAACUGGUUGAGUUACAUUGUUUACCAAGUCUAUUGAACGUGGUAUCAAGUCGAGCCACGACCUGCGAUUAGUUCUCUGCGAGAGCUUGGACCUGUCAUAUCCUCGCCUCGUGGUUAUCCUAUCAAACCGGUAACCUAUAAAGCAUAUCCGCGAUGGAGGGCCAGGGUGAAAACGACGAGCUCUACCCCAUCGCCGUCCUGAUCGACGAGCUGAAGCACGAUGAUGUUCUCCUCCGCCUCAAUGCCAUCCACCGCCUCUCGACCAUUGCUCUGGCUCUGGGGCCCGAAAGAACCCGCGAUGAACUGGUCCCCUUCCUUGACGAUUCUGUUGAAGACGAGGACGAGGUUUUGACCGCGCUUAGUGAGGAGCUUGGAAACUUUACAGAAUAUGUGGGAGGCCCGGAGUUCGGACACGUGCUCCUCUCCCCGCUUGAGAACCUGGCUGCUAUCGAAGAGCCAUUGGUUAGAGAGAAGGCUGUCGAAUCCCUCAACAAGAUCUGCGCGCAGUUGUCUGAGAAACAGAUUGAUGAGCACUUUGUCCCCAUGAUCCUGCGUUUAUCGAAAGCAGACUGGUUCACCUCGAAGGUCUCCGCGACUGGGCUCUACAGCACUCCUUAUAAGAAGUCAACUCAGAAUAUGCAGCAGACUUUGCGACAAAACUUCGGUGGAUUGGUACAUGAUGAGACGCCAAUGGUCAGGAGACAGGCGGCAAACAACCUGGCCAAAUUCGUGAAGGAAAUGGAUGCCCCUGUCGUGAUCGAGGAGAUGAUCCCUCUCUUCCAGUACCUCGCUAGUGACGACCAAGACAGUGUUCGCUUGCUUACAGUGGAUAUCCUGAUCGCCAUCGCCGAAGAGAUUCCAAAGGAGCAACAGCCCAGCCACGGCGUCCUGUUGACAUCACUUCGGGCGCUGUUCGAAGAUAAGAGCUGGAGAGUCAGGUACAUGGUCGCUGACCGCUUUGAGAAGCUUGCCAAAGCCGUGCACGAAGAAGUAGUUACUCGCGACAUGGUGCCGGCGUUUGUCAAACUUCUGAAAGACACUGAAGCCGAAGUCCGAACAGCCAUCGCUGGACAAAUCCCUGGCUUCUGCAACCUGAUUGAUCGAGAUACCUUGCUCAACGAGAUCAUGACUAGCGUGGAGGAUCUUGUCUCUGACCCCUCCCAACACGUUCGCGCAGCUUUGGGCACGCAGAUUAGCGGCCUUGCGCCCAUUCUUGGCAAAGAACAGACAAUCGCACAUCUCCUUCCGAUGUUUCUGCAGAUGCUGAAGGAUGAGUUUCCCGACGUCCGUCUCCACAUCAUCUCCAAGCUGGAACUGGUGAACAACGUCAUCGGCAUCGAGCUCCUUUCUCAAUCCCUGCUGCCUGCCAUUGUGCAGCUUGCCGAAGACAAGCAAUGGCGUGUCCGCCUGGCGAUCAUCGAAUACAUCCCGCUCCUCGCCAGCCAGCUGGGUGUCAAGUUCUUCGAUGAGCAGCUCAGUGACCUGUGCAUGGGAUGGCUCGGUGACACCGUCUUCUCCAUCCGCGAAGCGGCUACCCAGAAUCUCAAAAAGCUCACCGAGGUCUUCGGUGUUGAGUGGGCUAAGGAAUCCAUCAUCCCGAAGGUUGUUGGUAUGGGUCAACACCCCAACUACCUGUACAGGAUGACGACAUGCUUUGCGGUUUCUACCCUUGCCCCUGUGGUCACUCUGGACAUCAUUGAAACCUCGAUCCUUCCCAUCCUGGACGGGCUUGUUGGGGAUGAAAUCCCCAAUAUUCGCUUCAAUGUCGCCAAGUCGUACGCUGUGCUCGUCGACACACUGCGUCGCAUUCCCGCAGAAGGAACCCUGGCAGACGCUGAGAAGCCCGGUGAGAGCAAAACGCCUUCUCCUCGGGGCCAGGAGCUGAUCCAGCAACGGAUCCUGCCCAGUCUGGAGAAGUUGCAAGAGGACGACGAUGUGGACGUCCGGUACUUUGCCACGACUGCCGCGGGCACGCAGGAGGAGAUCAUGCAAACCUCGCCGUAGGUUUCCCGUGGAGGGUUGAUGACACUGCAUGCGCAUGUAGACAGGUAAAAUGGACAAGAAAGAUUUAAUAACACACGCACACACACACACGCACAUGAGGCUCUGCAUGCGGACUUUGGACCGGGGACUUUUUGUCAAUCUAGAGCAAUAGUCAGCAGCACCGACCAGGAUGAAGUGCUUUUUGACGGCGUUUUGAAUUUUGAAUGUAGAU